UCCCGCCUUCCCUGCCUCCUUGCGCUCUCUCGCUCUCUCCUUUGCCUUUCUCGGGGAGUUUCAGUCCCUGAACGCAGUCAGAGUAGCCUUGGCAAUCCGGACCUGGAGACUGUGUGUACACACACAGGCACACACGCGCACACACAUGCACACGCACUCGCACACACGCACUCCGGCUCUCCCCACGGGGAUACAGAGCAAACCCGGAGCAUCAUCUACCUGAAGGGGAUGGCCCGACCGGACACUUCUUGCUCACUUGUCAUCUCCGGAGGUCAGAGCAACGUCGGAACGAGGGAGGCUCGCUGUCCGGUCUGCAACCUCACGCCGUUUGCCGCCACCGCUGCUUAAAGUGUCCAGGGUGGAGGAGACGGCUUCUUCAGGGCAGAUUCCCGGCGCAGCUCUGCGGCCCUGGGACUUCGCCCGCCUGGUUCACCCCGCUCUCUUCUUCCCCGGCCAUCCUCUCGCCCCCGGCUGCGGAGUGCAUGGCUCGGGCGCCUCCUCUGCUGCUGCUGCUGCCGCCGCCGCCGCUGAGAGCACAUCCCACCCAGAGGACUGAACGCCACCGCUGGAGUGGGGAGAGAAAGCGGAAGCCCUAACUUCCCUCUCCACCGCUCCCUGUCCUUUCUAGCCGAGGACCCGUUGAAAGGCUCCCGCGGAUAGCCAGGCGAGAGCUGGGCGCUGGGGAGGGUGAGCCGGGAGCCGCAGGCGCACAAGGGGCGGAGGCAGCAUGUGCCCCGGCGCCUGGCCGGCCUGAGAAGUAGCGCGCGGUGGGGCGAGCGAGACGCUCUCUAAGUUGGGCGCGUCCCAGAGCUCGACGCCCCGCGCCUCAACCGCCACUGUCCGGAGAGAGGCGGGGCUGAUGGGGGGCGCCGAGGUUGCUGUCGCCUGCGGCCAGAACCCGUCUUAAAAGAACCUGGGCCGGCGUCUCCAGGGUCCCAGCUAGCGUCGCGCCCUCGGCCCGCGUGCGCUCUCUGAUGCCUGCGCUGGCGGUGGCCCGGGUGGCCCGCCCGCGGGGGGUGCCGGAGGGGGCGGGGGAGGAGGAGGAGGCUGUGUGAUGGCCCUGGACGGCGAGCGGGGGGAGCAAGAGGAGGAGAAGAAAAAGAAGAAGAAGAAAAAGAAGAGGAAGAAGAAGAAGGAGGAGGAGGGGGCUGAGAAGAGCAGCUCACCCUUCGCGGCCACCAUGGGGGAGAACGACGCCGCGCUCCGGGCCGGCGGCAGGGGUAUCUCGGACCGGUGGACGGACUCCGUGGGGGUGCGACCCCGCACUACCGAGCGCCACAUCACGGUGCACAAGCGGCUCGUGCUGGCCUUCGCCGUGUCCAUCGUGGCGCUGCUCGCGGUCACCAUGCUCGCGGUGUUGCUCAGCUUGCGCUUCGACGAGUGUGGAGCUAGCGCAGCGCCGGGCGCCGACGGCGGUCUCGCCGGCUUCCCAGCGCGCGGGAGCAACGGGAGCCUUCCGGGUUCCGCCCGGCGCAACCACCAGGCUGGCGGAGACUCCUCGCAGCCCGAGGCAGGCGGGGAGGCCACCCCUGGGACCCCGUCCGCCCAGCCGCCGUCGGAGGAGGAGCGGGAGCAGUGGCAGCCGUGGACGCAGCUGCGCCUGUCGGGCCACCUCAAGCCGCUGCACUACAAUCUAAUGCUCACCGCCUUCAUGGAGAACUUCACCUUCUCCGGCGAGGUCAACGUGGAGAUCGCGUGCCGGAACGCCACCCGCUACGUCGUGCUGCACGCCUCCCGGGUGGCGGUCGAGAAGGUGCAGGUGGCCGAGGACCGGGUGGCCGGGGCUGUCCCGGUGGCCGGUUUUUUCCUCUACCCGCAAACCCAGGUCUUGGUGGUGGUGCUGAAUAGGACCCUGGACGCGCAGAGGAAUUACAACCUGAAGAUCAUCUACAACGCCCUGAUCGAGAACGAGCUCUUGGGCUUCUUCCGCAGCUCCUACGUGCUCCACGGGGAGAGAAGAUUCCUUGGUGUUACUCAGUUUUCGCCUACACAUGCCAGAAAGGCAUUUCCUUGUUUUGAUGAGCCAAUCUACAAGGCUACUUUCAAAAUUAGCAUCAAGCAUCAAGCAACCUAUUUAUCUUUAUCCAAUAUGCCAGUGGAAACUUCCGUGUUUGAGGAAGAUGGAUGGGUUACGGAUCACUUUUCACAGACCCCUCUCAUGUCUACAUAUUAUUUAGCCUGGGCAAUCUGCAACUUCACAUACAGAGAAACUACCACCAAGAGUGGGGUUGCAGUACGAUUAUAUGCAAGACCCGAUGCUAUCAGAAGAGGAUCUGGGGACUAUGCUCUCCAUAUAACAAAGAGAUUAAUAGAAUUUUAUGAAGACUACUUUAAAGUGCCCUAUUCAUUGCCAAAACUAGAUCUUUUAGCUGUGCCUAAGCACCCGUACGCUGCUAUGGAGAACUGGGGACUAAGUAUUUUUGUGGAGCAAAGAAUACUGCUGGAUCCCAGUGUUUCAUCUAUUUCUUAUUUACUGGAUGUCACCAUGGUCAUUGUUCAUGAGAUAUGUCACCAGUGGUUUGGUGACCUCGUGACUCCAGUAUGGUGGGAAGAUGUGUGGCUGAAGGAAGGUUUUGCUCACUACUUUGAAUUUGUUGGCACGGACUACCUCUACCCUGGCUGGAACAUGGAAAAACAGAGGUUUCUGACGGAUGUUCUGCAUGAAGUGAUGCUGCUUGACGGCUUGGCCAGUUCCCAUCCAGUAUCACAGGAAGUGCUACAGGCAACAGAUAUUGACAGGGUGUUUGACUGGAUCGCCUAUAAAAAGGGUGCUGCUCUAAUUAGAAUGCUGGCUAAUUUUAUGGGCCAUUCAGUAUUUCAAAGGGGUUUGCAAGAUUAUUUAACCAUUCAUAAGUAUGGCAAUGCAGCCAGAAAUGAUCUCUGGAAUACACUAUCAGAGGCUUUAAAACGGAAUGGAAAGUUUGUAAAUAUACAAGAAGUAAUGGAUCAGUGGACACUCCAGAUGGGUUAUCCUGUUAUCACCAUCUUGGGAAAUUCAACAGCAGAAAAUAGAAUAAUAAUUACCCAACAACACUUUAUUUAUGACAUCAGUGCUAAAACUAAAGCACCUGAACUUCAAAAUAACAGUUACCUCUGGCAGAUUCCAUUAACUAUUGUGGUGGGAAAUAGAAGCCAUGUGUCUUCAGAAGCAAUUAUUUGGGUGACUAACAAAUCAGAGCACCACAGAAUAACUUGGGACAAAGGAAGCUGGUUGCUGGGGAAUAUCAAUCAAACUGGCUAUUUUAGAGUCAACUAUGAUUUAAGGAAUUGGAGAUUAUUAAUUGAUCAGUUAAUCAGGAACCAUGAGGUUCUCUCUGUCAGUAACAGAGCGGCUUUGAUUGACGAUGCCUUCAGCCUGGCCAGAGCCGGCUAUUUGCCUCAGCAUAUUCCCCUGGAGAUUAUCAGAUACCUGUCUGAGGAGAAGGAUUUUCUUCCUUGGCAUGCUGCCAGCCGAGCUCUUUAUCCCCUUGAUAAAUUACUGGAUCGCAUGGAGAAAUACAAUGUCUUCAAUGAAUAUAUUUUAAAGCAAGUUGCAGCUACGUACAUCAAGAUUGGAUGGCCAAAAAACAAUUUUAAUGGAUCUCUUGUUCAAGCCUCCUACCAACAUGAAGAACUCCGGAGAGAAGUCAUAAUGCUGGCGUGCAGUUUUGGCAACAAGCACUGUCACCAACAAGCAUCGACACUUAUUUCAGAUUGGAUUUCCAGCAACAGGAACAGAAUACCACUAAAUGUUAGAGACAUCGUCUACUGUACAGGAGUUUCACUACUAGAUGAGGAUGUCUGGGAAUUCAUAUGGAUGAAAUUCCACUCCACCACAGCAGUUUCUGAGAAGAAAAUAUUAUUGGAAGCCUUAACUUGCAGUGAUGACAGGAACUUAUUAAAUAGGCUUCUGAAUCUAUCACUGAAUUCUGAGGUGGUGUUAGAUCAAGAUGCAAUUGAUGUGAUAAUCCAUGUCGCUCGAAAUCCACAUGGCCGAGACCUUGCCUGGAAGUUUUUCAGAGAUAAAUGGAAGAUAUUAAAUACCAGGUAUGGAGAGGCAUUAUUUAUGAAUUCCAAACUCAUUAGUGGAGUUACAGAAUUUCUUAAUACUGAAGGUGAACUCAAAGAGCUGAAGAACUUCAUGAAGAACUACAAUGGAGUAGCUGCUGCCUCUUUCUUGAGAGCCGUGGAAACCGUUGAAGCCAACGUGCGCUGGAAAAUGCUUUAUCAAGAUGAGCUUUUCCAAUGGUUAGGAAAAGCUCUGAGACACUAAAAUCUCUCUUAUGAACAAUUCAACUCCAGAUUUUGGGAGAAGACCUGCUUUCUAUGGAAUGAGGAAAAUGUGCUAUGUGAAAAAUGGCCAGAUUUUCAGCGUUAACAUGUGGGAGGAAAUUUCUUUUUUUUAAAUUUUUGGUUUUGGGGGACUUUUUGUUUGUUUCAUUCAUUCUGUUUUGUUUCUCUACUGGGUGUUCUUCUCUAAAGAAACUCUUGCAAGUGAAACUAGCCAUGAUGGCUUCAGCUGUACAUUCCUUGCUGUACAGGACCAAAUAUGAUAGUGAUGCAUGUUGAUGUUGCAGUCAGUUUGGAAAAACAUAUUCAGAAUAUUUUCUGCAUGGUUGUGUGGUCCUGCCUGUGUUCAGCAUGCUUAUUUAAACUGUCUGACGUCAUAUGUGAAUGUAUGUUACAUCCAGGAUGGGCAUUACACAAAAGCACAAAGAUUAUCUAUGACAAUCAGUGUUGCAAUGAAAGAAGAACUAAAAAAGAAUUCUGUUCUUGGUCCUGGGCAAUGUGGGAGGUGAAAUAGCCCUUUAAGUGAUCAUUAUCCCUUCUUUCAGCACUUGGAUUGUCUUGCAAUGAUGACUGUGUUGCUAACUCAUUUUCUUCGAGUUAAAGCCGUGUAUAUGUUUAAAAAGUCAUAUAGAUGGUGUAUACAUAUGUAUAUGUACAGAGGGAAGCCCUAUAUGUAUAUAGUAUGUUGUACACUGCACUUCUGCGAAGAAUCUCUUCCGAUCAAAGAAACUUUAUCUCUUUUUAUAAACUUAUGCAAACUUUGAAAAGGCUGAAAAGAAUUUAUCUUAACACUCUCCUUUCUGAUGAUUUCCUGACUAAAUUUCUCAACUGUUAUAGAUUUUUUUCAUCUAUUUCCUGAACAAUGGUCUAUUCUACUACAUGAAAAUGAGUUCAAACAAAAUUUAUGUAUAAACACUCUUCUAAUUCUCCAAAGUGGCAGCCACGUAUCCGAAAUAUAGAUUCUGUCAUCAUUCUGGUCAAACUUCCUGUUGCAUAAAACAAUUGUGCACAUUUAAUAAUUAUCAGUGCUGAGAAAACGUUUCUUUUCCAUCUUAUUUGUUUUUCCAUCUCAUGUUGGGUGGUCCAGAGGGUUAAAAACUCUGUGUGUGUGUGUUGGUCUUUGUGUCUGUGUCAGUCUAAUCCUCCAUUAAGUGACCGGGCCUCAAGUAGGUCAGAUACCAUGUAAUGACCUUGGAUCCCCGCUGCGCCAUCUGUUUAGAGGAAAGUUACUUUCCUUGAGCAAAGCUUUUCCUUUGGCAUUGACAGCUCUCUUCUACCUAAGAAUUUUAAAUAGCCCUUGCCAUGGCUGUCUGUUACGUAACACAAGUGCUUUUAAAUGGUAUUCUCACCCAGUAGGCCAGCUCUCCAAACAUUGUUUAGAUUAUCCAAAAAUGAACUUAUUUUAAGUUUACCAUUAUAAAAUACCAACACAAUCACUGGACCCAAGGCAAAAGUUUGUGGACAACUUUCUACUGUCUUGAGGUUUUCCACUCCUCCAAAUCUUCUUGCAAAUUAUUGAGAGAAAUAUAUUCUAAUAGUCACUGAACAUUGGGGGGAAAAUAGGUAUUUUAGAAGCCAGAGCCAUAGAUUUAUUUUGAGUCUGUAGUAAAGGAGCAAUUUCCCAAUCCAUUGAACAGGUGUCACCCACAAUUGAAUUUUAUCUUUUUAGAAAUUAAUAACUAUUACUCAUACCUAACAUUUUCAGCACUUCUUUCAAGUAAAACACAUGAAUUUUAAGGACACUGUGUGGUAUUAGUAAGACAUAGUAAUACUUCGUAUAAAAUCUAAAAGGCAUUCUGAUCAGAAGUCAUGAAAUUUUACUAGUACUUAUCACAUAUAUAAAAUCCUUAAGGGACAAGUUCUGAGACAUCACAAUGAUAAAUACCACACUGCUGUGCAGGUCCAAAACAUGUACAAUAUCACUCUUGGAUUCAUGGAAUAGAGGUAAAUAGAUUAAAAAAUUAGAGGUGGAUGUCUUAUUUUGUGUCAUGAAUUACUAAAAAUUCUUCGUAGUUGUGACGUUCUUUUUGAGUGAAAUCACCAUUGCCAGAUUUGAGUUAGAAAGGCUUUUAGAGUUCUUUUUUCCUCCCCGCUGUUAAUAAUCUUAAUCCUCUUUCAGUAUUUUAGUGGCCUUGAACAACUGGUUUAGCUAUGAUGUCAAAUCCUAAAUGUGUAAUUAUGUGCAAUGUUCUAUACCUCAUAGAAUAUCUGUUCAACGGUAUAGUAGUAUCAAUGACAUUGAGAUGGAAUUUCUGUUCUACAUAUUUUUCAAUAAUUUAUCCUUUCCAAUGUUGAAGAUUAUAUCAGGCUUUAACAUUUUUUAGUUGUUUAAAUAAGUAAUAUUUUCAAAAUAAUAAAAUGACCAAUGAUAUCUCUUGGAAUAUUCUGUAAAAUGUAGUUAUAAAAUUCUAUUUUCUAC